AUGCCGGUGACCUUCGAGGAGGUGGCUGUGUAUUUCACCCAGGGGCAGGGGGCUCUGCUGGACCCCGCUCAGAGAGCCCUCUACAGGGACGUCAUGCAGGAGAACUACGAGACGGUGACCUCGCUGGGAUUUCCCAUUCCCAAACCUGACCUGAUCACCCGGCUGGAACGAGGGGAAGAGCCGUGGGUGCCCGAUCUCCAGGCUGCUAAGGAAAGAGAGAUCCUGAGAGGCGCUCACACAGGAUUUCCCAUUCCCAAACCUGAGCUGAUCUCCCGCCUGGAACGAGGGGAAGAGCCGUGGGUGCCCGAUCUCCAGGCCUGUGAGGAAAGAGAGAUCCCGAGAGGCGACUGCAUAGGUGCUGAGAGAAGAAUCCACACAGGAGAGAAACCCUAUAAGUGCUUAGACUGUGGGAAAAGUUUCAUACAGAGAUCUACUCUUGUUUCACAUCAGACAAUCCAUACAGGAGAGAGACCCCAUAAAUGCUUGAACUGUGGGAAAAGUUUCAAACGGAGAUCAGGCCUUGUUAAACAUCAGGCAAUCCACACCGGAGAGAGACCCCAUAAGUGCUUAGACUGUGGGAAAAGUUUCAGAUACAGAUCAAGAUCUGCUCUUCUUUCACAUCAGACAAUCCAUACAGGAGAGAGACCUUAUAAAUGCCUCAACUGCGGGAAUGGUUUCCGUUGGAAGUCAAUCCUUAUAAUACAUCAGAGAAUCCACACAGGAGAGAAACCCCAUAAAUGCUUAGACUGUGGGAAAAGUUUCACACAGAAAUCAGUCCUUGUUAAACAUGGGAAAAUCCACAUGGGAGAGAAAUCCCAUAAGUGCUUGGACUGUGGGAAAAGUUUCAUAGAGAGAUCUGCUCUUGUUUCACAUCAGACAAUCCAUACAGGAGAGAGACCCCAUAAGUGCUUGAACUGUGGGAAAAGUUUCCGUUGGAAGUCAGUCCUUAUAACACAUCAGGCAAUCCAUACAGGAGAAAGACCCCAUAAGUGCUUGGACUGUGGGAAAAGUUUCAGGUGGCAGUCAGGCCUUAUUAAACAUCAGAGAAUCCAUACAGGAGAGAGACCCCAUAAGUGCUUGGACUGUGGGAAAAGUUUCAGGUGGCAGUCAGACCUUGUUAUACAUCAGAGAAUCCAUACAGGAGAGAGACCCCAUAAGUGCUUGGACUGUGGGAAAAGUUUCAGGUGGCAGUCAGGCCUUGUUAUACAUCAGAGAAUCCAUACAGGAGAGAGACCCCAUAAGUGCUUGGACUGUGGGGAAAGUUUCAGGUGGCAGUCAGGCCUUGUUAAACAUCAGAGAAUCCAUACAGGAGAGAGACCCCAUAAGUGCUUGGACUGUGGGAAGUUUCACACAGAGAUCACACCUCAUUAA